AUGAAAUCGAUAUCAAUACAUGGCAUGGAUGAGGCAGACCUGAUACCCGAUAUGAGAAGUAGAAUUGGAGGGGUUCUAGACUGCUAUGCCGGGAGGAGAGCAAAGGGGCUGGAAGUGACAGCUCUUACCUAUCGCCCGAGCCCGGAUUCAAGAGAGAAGAAUGUAUUGUUUCCCAUCAGGAAACCAUCCAAGUCGUUCAAUUACGCUCCGCUCCGUUGCUCACUAUCGCACCCACCCCUCAAACAUCCCCUCCCGUCCCGCACAACAGCCACGGCGCGGAAACCGUACGGAUACAAAGAAAACAAGACACUUGUGGAAUCUGGUGGCGUUCCCUUCAGCACCACCUAUUCGACACUUUACUGA